AUGGCGCUCCGCGAUUUCAAGCCUCCCGUCAACUAUGACACGCACCAAAGCGCGUUUGAGGUCUUCCUCAAGGAUUUCAAGACCUCGCCAGAGCACACCAUUACCACCGCAAUGGGAAACAUCACCAUUGACGAAGACGACUUGAGCGACGAGUACGACUUCAUGGAUGAGGACGAUGAAACAGGCGAGCGCCGUCGUAAUGACAAGGCGCAAAGUCGUGCCCCCCACCACAAAUACAAGGACAUGAUACAGAAGCUGGCCGACCGUACGCGAGACGAAAUUGUCGUUGAGCUUGAUGAUCUAGAUGCGUGGGAAAGCAAGACUGGCGAGGGACUUAAGCUCGUCGACUGCAUCGAGCUCAACACCAAGCAUUACGUCGACAUCAUGUCCAGAGCUGUAGACAAGGUCAUGCCUCCGCCAAGCGCGUCUGUCAGCUUCAAGAAUGACGUCCUCGACGUCUUGAUGGCGCGCCGUCAAGCCCGAAACCGCGAGUUUGAAGAGUCUGCCGAGCAAGACCCCACCCUCGAGGAGGACAAGUUCCCUGCCGAGCUUACUCGCCGAUACACUCUCGUUUUCAAACCCCGUGUCAACUCACCCGACUUUGCCUCCAAGGCUCUCGCCGUGCGCCAUGUGCGCGGCGAAAACUUGGGCCAUCUCCUCACCGUCCGCGCCAUCGCGACCCGCGUCUCCGAUGUAAAGCCCAUCAUGCAGGUCAGCGCGUACACCUGCGACCGGUGUGGUUGCGAAAUCUUUCAGCCAGUCACGGACAGGCAAUAUGGCCCUCUGCUGAUGUGCCCUUCCAACGAUUGCAAGAGCAACCAGUCCAAGAGACAGCUGAACCCUUCGUCGCGCGCUUCCAAGUUUCUUCCCUUCCAGGAGGUCAAGGUCCAGGAACUGGCCGAGCAAGUUCCUCUUGGUCAGGUGCCCCGAUCUCUCACAGUGCACUGCUACGGCAGUCUUGUGCGCCGUGUGAAUCCUGGCGACGUUGUGGAUAUUUCGGGCAUCUUCCUCCCUACGCCCUACACCGGCUUCCAGGCUAUGAAGGCUGGUCUUCUGACCGAUACGUAUCUUGAAGCUCACUACAUCCGUCAACACAAGAAGGCUUACAGCGAGAUGGUUGUUGACCCUGCAUUGGUGCGGCGCAUUGACCAGCACAGACAGAGUGGCCAAGUCUACGAACUGCUGGCCAAGUCCAUUGCGCCUGAAAUCUUUGGUCACCUUGACGUCAAGAAGGCGCUUCUUCUCCUGCUCAUCGGUGGUGUUACCAAGGAGAUGGGUGACGGUAUGAAGAUCAGGGGCGAUGUUAACAUCUGCAUGAUGGGUGACCCUGGUGUGGCCAAGUCUCAGCUCCUCAAGUACAUCUCCAAGGUUGCCCCCCGUGGUGUCUACACCUCUGGACGUGGUAGCAGUGGCGUCGGCCUGACGGCCGCCGUAAUGCGAGAUCCCGUCACGGAUGAGAUGGUGCUGGAGGGCGGUGCUCUCGUUCUCGCCGACAACGGCAUCUGCUGCAUCGAUGAGUUCGACAAGAUGGACGAGAACGACCGCACUGCCAUUCACGAAGUCAUGGAACAGCAAACCAUUUCCAUCUCCAAGGCCGGAAUCUCGACCACCCUCAACGCGCGCACCUCAAUCCUCGCCGCAGCUAAUCCCGUCUACGGCCGCUACAAUCCUCGCAUCUCUCCCCUCGACAACAUCAAUCUUCCCGCUGCGCUCCUGUCGCGUUUCGACAUCAUCUUCCUGCUGCUCGACGUGCCCAAUCGCGAGUCGGAUGCGCAGCUCGCCAAGCAUGUGGCCUCCGUGCACAUGGGCCGCCUCCACACCGACAUGCCGACAGACGAGGUCGUCUUCACCCCGCAUGAGGUCCGCUCCUACGUCGCCCGGGCCCGCACGUACCGGCCCGUCGUGCCCGAGUCCGUUACCGAGUACAUGAUCCGCACCUACGUCCGCAUGCGCGACCAGCAGCAGCGCGCCGAGAACAAGGGCACGCAGCUGACGCAUACCACCCCGCGCACGCUGCUCGGCGUCGUGCGCCUCGCCCAGGCCCUCGCCCGCCUCCGCUUCAGCAACGAGGUCACCCAGGACGACGUCGACGAGGCCCUCCGCCUCGUCGAGGCCUCCAAGGACAGCCUCAGCGUCGGCCAGGGCGGCUCCCGCCGCGGCCUCAACGCGAGCAGCAGGAUCUACAACCUUGUCAAGGCGCUCGCCGACUCGGGCGCCUGCCGCGCGGACGACGCGGACGAGGACGAGGACGACGAGCUGGGCGUGGAGCUGAGCAUGCGCAAGGUCAAGGAGCGCGUCAUCGCAAAGGGUUUCACCGAGGACCACUGGAUGAGCGCCCUGGAAGAGUACACAACUCUUGAUGUUUGGCAAACGACUGGUGGCGGCACGAGGCUGGUCUUCAUCACUGCCACGGAGGACCAGGGCAACGAUGAUAUGGAUGAUCAAUAA